UGUACCCCUCUAAUACUAAAAGUGAAAGUAACUGUAAAAAUUUCCCAUCUGCCUUACGGCCAUUAUAUCAGACGAUAUCUAGCUUUAUAGGUCAUCCGCCACAGAGAGGUGUGUUGUUGACGGGAGUAGUGAAUACUACACAUGUGAGGUAUACGGACAACAGUUAAAAGUAUCAUGCCGAGAACGUACGUAGAUAACGCAUCUAACCGAAGUCUAGGAAGGGUAGGCAUGUCCGUCGGGAGCAUGCCUGUGUCACGUGGAUCAUCCGGGUCUUCAUUUGGUGGCGGUGGAGCAAGUUCUGGUGGAUUCAGCUUUGGAAGUGGAAGUACUGGAGGGUCAUCAACCAAGACUUACGUGGAUAACUCCUCUAACCGAAGUCUGGGAAGGGUAGGCAUGCCCGUCGGGAGCAUGCCUGUGUCACGUGGAUCAUCCGGGUCUUCAUUUGGUGGCGGUGGAGCAAGUUCUGGUGGAUUCAGCUUUGGAAGUGGAAGUACUGGAGGGUCAUCAACCAAGACUUACGUGGAUAACUCCUCUAACCGAAGUCUGGGAAGGGUAGGCAUGCCCGUCGGGAGCAUGCCUGUGUCACGUGGAUCAUCCGGGUAUUCAUCUGGUGGCGGUGGACCAAGUUCUGGUGGAUUCAGCUUUGGAAGUGGAAGUACUGGAGGGUCAUCAACCAAGACUUACGUGGAUAACUCCUCUAACCGAAGUCUGGGAAGGGUGGGCAUGCCCGUCGGGAGCAUGCCUGUGUCACGUGGAUCAUCCGGGUCUUCAGUUGGCGGCGAUGGACCAAGUUCUGGUGGAUUCAACUUUGGAAAUGGAAGUAAUGGAGGGUCAUCAACCAAGACUUACGUGGAUAACGCAUCUAACCGAAGUCUAGGAAGGGUAGGCAUGCCCGUCGGGAGCAUGCCUGUGUCACGUGGAUCAUCCGGGUCUUCAGUUGGCGGCGAUGGACCAAGUUCUGGUGGAUUCAGCUUUGGAAAUGGAAGUAAUGGAGGGUCAUCAACCAAGACUUACGUGGAUAACGCCUCUAACCGAAGUCUAGGAAGGGUAGGCAUGCCCGUCGGGAGCAUGCCUGUGUCACGUGGAUCAUCCGGGUCUUCAGUUGGCGGCGAUGGACCAAGUUCUGGUGGAUUCAGCUUUGGAAAUGGAAGUAAUGGAGGGUCAUCAACCAAGACUUACGUGGAUAACGCAUCUAACCGAAGUCUGGGAAGGGUAGGCAUGCCCGUCGGAAGCAUGUCUGUAUCUCGUGCAUCAUCUGGCAGCGGGUCAUCUCAAAACACCUACGUAGACAAUGCGCAAAACAGGAAAUUAGGAAGAGUUGGAAUGGAGCAUGGAACAGCAGUGGUAUCAAAAUCUUCUUCAUUGCAAAGUUCAUCUCCAAAGACAUACGUGGACAAUGCACAAAACAGAAAAUUAGGAAGAGUUGGCAUGCCUCAUGGAACAGCAGUGGUCUCUAAGAAUUCUUCCCAGUCUCCAAGCUUAAAAGUAUACGUUGAUAAUUCAUUCAAUAGGCGUGUUGGGCGGGCUGGUAUGCCAAUCGGCUCUAUGCCAGUGUCGAGGAAUUCGGGGUCAUCUGGGGUGCCAAGUACUACAGAGAGAAAGAAGAAGGGGGCGAGGCCCAAAAAAAGCAAGAAGUCGGGGGAUGUAAAAGGACUGAUAGACACAUUUUUUCAGGGGGAAGAUAUCACAAUCGACGACAUGUAUGAUGACGCUUACUACGCUGACGAAGUUAGCGAACAAGCAGCUGACCUCAUCAACCGUAUGAACCAAAUCCGAUUAGAAAAGGAAUCACAAAAGAGCAAAGGACCAUUGACGUCUACCGAACUCCUUCAAAGCUAUCGUGGAGAAAUUAUCAGAUCUGAAGAGCUAGAUAUGGGUGAAAAGAUUGGCCAUGGUGGAUUCGGAGAUAUAUAUUGUGCCAAAUGGAGGGGAACAGUAGUAGCUGUAAAGAAGCUUAGAGUCCAGAGAGUAUCGCAGAAACGACUCCAGGACUUCACUUCGGAAAUCAAGAUAUUCUGUACUCUCGACCACCCGAAUAUCGUGCAGUUCCUCGGGGCUUGUUGUGUCACCCCGAACAUCGCUAUCGUUAUGGAGUUCAUGGAAGGAUGUCUGUUUCAGAUGCUUCACAUGGAUGAGGAUAUCUCGCUGACAGAAGACGACAAACUUAGCAUCAUUAUCCAGAUAUCCCGUGGUCUUGAAUAUUUGCACUGGAAUAACAUCGCCCAUUGUGACGUUAAGUCCCAGAAUGUCCUGAUGGCCUCCGGUGAAGCUGGUUAUAUAGCAAAGAUUACUGACUUCGGACUCAGCAUGAUGAGGAACAAUUCUGACACGUCUUCAACAAGGCAGGACCAGGUUCGCAAUAUCGGAACCCCUCGUUACUCCGCGCCAGAAGUACUGCGCGGGGAGCUGUUGGACCGGGCCGCUAUGAUGAGGGCUGAUGUAUACUCUCUCGGCCUUGUAAUUUUUGAGGUCAUAUCCGAAGACGAACCAUUCGAUUCUCUCAACGCCAAACAAAUAGAGCGUUAUGUUGGAAACGGGGACGAAAAGCCAGUGUUCGGGAGUGACGUAGAAGAAAAUGUAGAGGAAGAUGUCAAGUUAUGCUGGAAUCGGGAUCCGGUUGUCAGACCUUCCGCGUUCAUGUUCCGUGAGUCGGUUGAAAAGUGGGAAUCUCUCUACAUGUGAGGCAUUUUGUCGACUCUGGAACAACCUCAGCAUCCCAUUUCUACAAAUAUGAUUGUUUGUUUAGUUUUGAGAAAAAUCCAUAUAUUGCAAUCAAAGAAAAUUUCACGAUAGACAAUUCCUGUAGCGGAAUUCUGAGCAUAUUUCACUGAAUCGUGUUUGUAUUCAAUUGUGUUUCAUUUUCGUGAAUGCAUUUAUUCGUUUAAUUGAUAUUAGAUCGUCUGUUUCCUGUAUUUUGAAUAUAAUUUAGUUAGUUUUAGUUACAACCUACUAACGUCAGUUUGUGCAAUGUUAUCACAAUACAAUCGAUGGUGUUACAAUUGUGAUCUUAUGAUGUAAUGGAAUCAUAACAUAAAGUUCCUUCUGUAUAAUAUUUCCAAAUUUAUAGAAACAUAACAUACAGUUUCUUCUGUUAUAAUUUUUUCAAAAUUUAUAGAAUCAUAAGAUAAAGUUCCUUUACACAUAUGGAUGGUAUUGACAGUCAGCUGAUAUGCAUUAAGUGGCGAUCACAGCAUCCUAGUGGAAUGAUUCCAGACUGAAGACUCACUAAUAGUCUGAAGUAGAGACGAGCUUUAUUAGAGUGCUUCGGUAUCUAUGCAUUACUUUGAGAGGAUAUGGAACUUCUGUAAAUAUUGCUGGUUGUUUAAAUAGUAUAAUUGGUUCUUGUUAUUGGUCGAGUUUUUUGUGGAGUUAAUGAAGCGCCGUCUGCUGAUUGGCUUAUAAUUACCAUUAUUUGUUUUUUUAUUUGGUCCAAUUAUUAAUGUACAUUUUAUAAAUACAGAUAUUCAUUAGCGUUGUGGUAAUUGAAUGUAACGUUUCCAGGGUGAAAUGUGCUUAAAUACUACUUUCACUUAAAUACAUACGUUUACAGUCAAUAUCAUGUAAUUUGUUUUUCAAGUUCCUACUGCUUUCAUUAUAAUGUGACCAGGUGGUGUGACCUGCUUGAUUUCUUCAGUAGUAUGCUUCAGUAGGUAGCACUAUAAAGUCGACAUCAGAUUUGUGCUAUCACAGGGAGACAAGCAUGAAUAUAUCACAGCCUUCCCAAAUACACACCCACUCACCACAGACAUACAUUUCACAACACUAAAUCCAACAUACCUUCACACUCUGGGACUGGUGAUAGAGCAAAUUCAAUUUAAAUUGGCUUAUUUCUCUUUUCAUAACAUAAUGCAUAGAGAAAACAUAUUUACAAUAUUAUAUACAAUCAUUAUUCGUGUAGUGUUCGUUUGUAGAUAUACAGCACUUUCAUAAUAUACAUAACUUGUUUUAAGGAGGACAAAUAAUAUUAUUGAUUAUUCUUAUAAAUGUACACAAUUUUUUAAGUGUUUUUAUAUUAGUAGCAUUCAUAAGUUCAUUAAAUUUAAUUACAUUCGGUCGUAACCAAAAAUACUUGUCUAUAUACAAAUUUCUUUCUGUAGCUAAAUUUGUACAUUCAAGUAAGUAAUGAAAUUCAUCACCAAUCUGUUGACUAAUGCAAUGUGGACAUUUUCUAUCAAUAUAUUCAAUCUGGUGCCAUCUGCCUGUUUCAACAAUAAAUUUAUGAUUAGUUGUUCGAAAUUUACAAAGAGUGAUCCUGUCUUUAUCAUCUAAAAUAUCUAAAUAAUCUUCAAAAUUAAAAUUAUUUUAAAAAAUUCUAUAACAUAUAGAUUUUGAUGAGUUAUUAACAUCACUCUCCCAGUUAUGUAAGUACUGGUCAUUUAGUCUUAGCUUAAUAACAUGUCUAAUCCAUACAGGAUUGCAUUCGGAUGUAAACUGGUUAUUCCAUAAAUAGCUCAUUCCACAUUCGUUAAGUAUAGAUUUAACAAAACUGACAUAUGUAACAGGCCUAUUUUCAAUAUGAUGACAGUAACAAAGGAGUUUGUAUAAAGUUAUAUUAUAUUUACUAUCUUUAGAAUGUGUCAACUGUGACCAAUAUGAUAUUAGUCUUGUUUUAACUGAUAUUGCAAGUGGGGUAAUACCUAACUCCCCAUAUAUCAUGUAAUAUGGUGUACUGUUUUUUAAUUCAAGUAAUACAUUUACAAAAUUUUAAAUGUACACGUUCAAUUGAUUGAAGAUUAGUAAAACCCCAGACUUCACAACCAUAUAAUAGAACUGGUUUAACAAUCUUUUCAAAUAGAUCAUAUAUACAAUGGACUGCUAAAUUGUGUUGUCUACCUUUCUUAAUAACAGGGGAGGCCGUCAUUAAAUGGCCAUAGUUGUUGAUAUGACAUUAAACACUACACCAAAAAUAUUCAUUCGAUUUAUCUUAAUGGUGGUUAUUAAUUUGAUCAUCGAUGGCUGUUUGUCCAGUUAUUCUGGAACACCGAUAUAUUGACCAACUAUUUAGUUAGUGAUGAAUAUUGACCUAGAUUUGAAUUUUGAGGACAAUGAUACAUCAAUCUACCAGAUAGAUUUAUUGUGUUAUAUCACCUUAACCCUUACAAUUUGUCCUCCUUUUUAUCUUAUCGCCUGCGAUACAUUUUUUGUUUUUCAAUAUUCAAUGUCUUUCUUAUAUCUUAGAACAAAGAUGAAGUUUAUUUUUAUUAUUUUACAGUAUACAGUAUACACAUGCUAUUGAUACUCGGAUAUUUUUGUAUCUCCCAUAGUUCCAUUCACCAAAGUGGUACGUAAGUUUGCAGGACUUGUAUAUCCCAUAGUUCCAUUCACCAAAGUGGUACGUAAGUUUGUAAAUUCUCAGCAGGACUAUGGUUCACAGCAUAUGCCUUCUCCGCUAUGCUGCAUAUACUGCAUAUUACGUUUGACAAGCAAUAGUUCAAUAAAACAUAUAAUAGUAUAAUAUAUUGUUUUCAAUUGUUCUUCAACUGUACAUACUUUCAAUUUGUUUAAUGGUUUAUCAUAUAUUGUCUUUCUUUUUUUAACUUCUUUUUUGAAAUAUAAAAUAAAUAUUGGGAAUCCUGAACAACAAUAUAAAAAAAAUAAGUUGCCUUUUUAAAGCAUAACAUUUGUUAGAAUAAUUUUGAAGGUUACUGUACAAAGAAGUCAGACCCAAAAGAGAGCCUUUCACUUCUUUGUUUCUUUAUACUGCACGUGCUAUAUAAUGUAUUAGGACAACACGAGGAAAUACUGUUAGUGCUGUGUGAUGGUAGUGGGUAAUGAAGUACGUGGUGUUUGUUUGUUUUUGUUUGAUUUUUUUUCUUCUUUUUAUUUUUUUUUAAUUUUGUGUGUGUGUGUGGGGGGGGGGGGGGUGUAUUUUUAUUAUUUUAUAUGUGCUUGCUAAGAGAGAGUAUAACACAAUCGUAUCAAACUUGGUGGAAGGUGAUAAACUCUAUAUACGCUCAUGAUUAGUCUGCUAAUAAAUUCCUUGAAAUUCAA